AUGAGGGUGUGCCGCAUGCUGAAGGCCAUGGAUGCGGUGUGCCAGCUACGCGCGAGCGACGGCAAUGCCAACACCAAAACCGUGGUUGAUGCACUGAACAAGAUCGCGGCACCGGGCAUUGGGACCUUCUGCGAUGCCCUCACGGUGCUCAACUCGGGAACGGCACCGACGUAUUCCAAAGAGUCUGGCAUGGGAGUCAAGGGGCUGGGCCCCAAGGUGGUCUCGAAGCUAUGCCUUGCCUGCGCGCUUGUGGCGCUCAACCUGAAGCCGAGUUCUUGGGUCUCUGCCCUCUUUCCAGACACCUGGGAGGAGCAGACGCCGAAGACCAAGGCCGACCUGGCGAAGCCGACAGCACCUGCCAAGUCGACAGCACCGGCCAAGCCGACCGCACCGGUGCACCUCUAUCUGCGCGUCGCACCGCACAUCGAUGCCGUGCUUUUUUAG